AUGCGGGUGACCGGCUCGAAGGCGAAGGUACUGCUCAUUGGCAAGACCAACUACACGCCCACGUUCACUUGCGACAACACAUCGGUCCGCUCCGACCUCGCUGCCCUCGUCCAUGACGCAUUAGCAAAUCGAAAGCUUGUGACUCGGAAAAACCACCUCCACCAGAGCUUGCAAAACAUCGCUAGUUCUAUCUCUGGACCCGUUGCUCCUUCUUUCCAGCAACUCGGUGCAUUACCUCGCAGCUUGAAUCUCCCAUCGACAGUCGUUCCUUCUCCAGCAGCCAUGUCUAUGCAGAAGAGAGACUUCUCGCAGAGCUCCAACAAGAGUCUCAACAUCAACAACAUCAACCCACAUGUCAAGGAAGCCAAGUAUGCAGUCCGGGGCGAGCUUGCGAUCAAGAGUGAGCAAUAUCGGGCUCAAUUGGCCAAGGGCGAGGGCAAAGACCUUCCCUUCGACUCAGUCAUCAGUGCGAACAUUGGCAACCCGCAACAGCUGGACCAGAAGCCGAUUACUUUCUUCAGACAAGUCGCAAGCCUGGUCGAGAAUCCGCAAUUGCUCGAGCAUGGGGAGGUGUUGAAGAACGGACUCGGAUACAAGAGCGAUGUGGUCGAGCGCGCAAAGGCGCUGCUCAAGGAUGUAAAGAGCGUUGGCGCAUACUCCCAGUCGCAAGGAGCCCCACGCAUUCGACAAAGCGUGGCAGACUUCAUCGAGAGGCGUGACGGAUUUCCUGCGGACCCCCAGAACAUCUACCUGUGUGGAGGCGCCAGCGCUGGUGUCAACGCCCUCAUGAGCGUGAUCUGUGCCUCGCCAAACACCGGCGUCUUGGUGCCUAUCCCCCAAUACCCUCUCUACACUGCCACGCUAAGCUUGCUCAACGCUCAAGUCGUGCCGUACUAUCUCAAAGAGGAGGAUGGAUGGAGCACGGAUGUAAAUGACAUGCGAUCUGCAUUGAAGGAGGCGCAGAACAAGGGCAUCGAUGUCCGUGCUGUCGUCGUGAUCAACCCAGGCAACCCCACCGGAGGCUCUCUGGAGGCCCAGCAUAUCGAGUCUGUGCUGGAAUUGGUCGCGGAAGAGAAGCUGGUCAUGCUGGCCGAUGAGGUAUACCAGACAAACGUGUUCGAGGGCGAGUUCCAGAGCUUCAAGAAGAUCUUGCGACAGUUGCAGAAAGGCGACAAGAAUAAGGAUGGCAAGUUCGAUAACGUCGAAUUGGCCAGUCUUCACAGCAUCAGCAAAGGUAUGGUCGGCGAGUGCGGUCAUCGCGGAGGGUACUACGAGAUGAUCGGCUUCGAUCCUGAGGUGGUUGCCCAAAUUUACAAGUUCGUCAGCAUUAUGCUCUGCCCACCGGUUGUUGGACAAUGCCUGGUUGAGCUGAUGGUCAACCCACCCAAGGAGGGAGAGCCAUCGUACCCACAGUACAAGGAGGAGUAUGACACAAUCUUCAACAACCUCAAAGCACGCGCGCACGCACUUUACAAUGCAUUCAGGGAGAUGGAGGGGGUUGAGUGCCAGUACCCGCAGGGCAGCAUGUACCUGUAUCCCACCAUCAAGCUGCCCCAAAAGGCCAUCGACGCCGCCAAGAAAGAGAACAAGAACCCAGACGACUACUACUGCCUCAGAUUACUCGAUGCCACUGGUAUAUGCAUAGUGCCAGGCUCUGGGUUUGGGCAGAGGGAGGGAAGUCUGCAUUUCAGGACGACGUUCUUGGCGCCUGGCACAGACUGGGUGUCGCGGAUCUCGGACUUUCACAAGAGCUUCAUGAACGAGUUCAAAUGA